UUGACAGUUGUCAAAUCUGCCGGAAUUGUAGAAACAUGAGAUAUUUAAGAUAAACUCAUGUUGAUAAUUGAUAAGUUAUAACAUUUUUUAAAAUAACCUGCCGUGAAAAAAAACUCAAAAUGAAUUCUAUAAUAAGAAGUAGAUGUAUAUCAGCAUGUCGCACAUUUACAACUUCAAAUAUAAGACGCACAACUGCUCCUCCUCAGCCACCUAAGGCUAAGCCGAAAAAGUUUUUUGGCCCUAUUACAUGGAAAUCGAUGGCAGUAACUGCCGUAGUUGGAGGUGGUUUAACUGCCUUCAUGAUGUACGUAAGAAGAGAAAAACAGCAAGCGAUAGAUCGUGAAAGAAAACGACAACUGGGUAAAGCGAAAAUUGGAGGAGCUUUUGAGCUCAUGGAUCCUGAGGGCAAAUUGGUAAAGAGCACAGAUUUGUUAGGCAAAUGGCUUCUGAUAUACUUUGGAUUCACACACUGCCCUGACAUUUGUCCUGAUGAAUUGGAAAAACUUGCUGAAGUUGUAAAAUUGCAUGAUAAUAGUGAAUCUGCACCUCCUCUGCAGCCAGUAUUUAUAUCAGUUGAUCCAAAACGUGACAGUCCUGAAAUUGUUGGAAAAUAUUGCAAGGAAUUUUCUCCACGGUUCUUGGGUCUAACUGGAACUGAGGAGCAAGUUCAGAAAGCUUGCAAAUCAUACCGUGUGUACUUCAGUGCAGGACCGCAAGAUGUUGACAAUGAUUACAUUGUGGAUCACACAAUAAUCAUUUAUCUAGUGGACCCGGAUGGAGAGUUUGUUGAUUACUACGGUCAGAACCGAAAUGCAAAUGAAAUUUACAACUCAAUGCUUGUUAAUAUUAAGAAAUAUGAAGCAUCAAAGAAGAAAGCUUGGUUUGCAUGAAUAAAGUAUGAUUGACAAUAGUUGUAG